ACUGUCAACUACCAGCACAAAUCCUAAACAAAAGCAAAAUGUUCAAAUUCGUGACUUUCGUUCUUGCCGCUCUCGUCGCUUGCGUGUCAGCCCAUGUAGCACCACUAGCCGCUGCUCCUCUGGCUGUCGCUGCCUACGCCAAUGCACCAUUGUACGCCGCUGGUGGCAGUAGUCAAAUCGACGUACGCAACAACUAUGAUGGCACACUUUCAUCGUACACCACAACACCAUUCCAAUAUUCUGGUCCCUUCGCUAGCCGCUAUGUGUCCGGUGUACCCGCUGCCUAUGCUGCUGCUGCUCCACUGAGCGCUCCAUUAGCUGUUCCAGCUUUAGCUAAAUACGCUGCGCCAGCUGCUUUCGCCGCGCCCGCACCAUUGGCUGCUUUACCAGCUCCUCUGGCUGCUUUGCCCGCUCCCUUGGCUGCUGCGCCCGCACCUCUGGCUGCUUUGCCCGCUCCCUUGGCCGCUGCGCCCGCACCUCUUGCUGCAGCACCAUUUGCUGCGCCCUAUGCCGCGCCUUUCGCUGCCCCAGCUCAAUAUGCUUGGUAG